CUUCACACUUCUCUUGCUCUUUUCUUUCAUUCUUUCUCUCUCUCUCUCUCUCCUUUAAUGCUUCACUGUCACUGUACCAUUACUCCCAAACCAUUCUCCAACUCCAUUACCAACUUUCCCAAAUGCUCUCCACCUCCAAAGCCUUCUUCUUCUUCUUCUUCUUCUUCUUCCUUUCCAUCCAUCUUGUCACCAUUACUGCUUUUCCACCUUCUCACAACCUCUUCAUCAGCUGUGGAGCCAUUAAUGCUUCUUUGAAGCUACCUGAUGGGCGUUCUUUCCUCCCUGAUUCCAAACUCUUCUUCACUCCAUUCUCCAACAAUGCACUAAGCUCCAACUCUUCUCAACUCUGUGCUAGUGCUCGUGUCUUCACUCAGCUCACUGAGUACAAGCUUAAAGUUGGCAACAAUGGCAAGCAUUUUCUCAGGCUUCACUUCUGUCCAUUUUCUAACUCUUUGUUCAACCUCAAGUUGGCUGCUUUUUCAGUCAUGGUUGAUGGCAUCACACUCCUCAGCAACUUCUCCUGCUCAAGUUCUGUUCUUGUGAAGGAGUUUGUGGUUGAAGUUGGUUUGGGUUCACUGACAAUGGUGCUUUCUUUUUCUCCUUCUAAUGGCUCCAUUGCUUUCAUUAAUGCUUUGGAGGUUAUUGCUCUCCCAGACCUCUUGUUUCCUCAAGGUUCUCCCAUUGAUGUUUCCAAUAGUGUAGCACUAGAGACUUUUUACAGGAUCAAUGCUGGUGGCCCUGUGCUGGAUUCACUGAAUGACAGUUUAUGGAGAGUUUGGUUCAAUGAUCAAGUGUUUUUAGUGAAUCCUUUCUCAGCUAACAAUGUCUCCACUGAUCCUAACUCCAUUGUUUACCCUUCUGGAGUUCCCUUUGACACUGCUCCUGCUUUGGUUUAUGCCACUGCACAGGAGAUGGCUGAUGCUAAUGUUGGCAACCAGAAUUUCAAUAUUUCAUGGUUGUUUGAUGUGGAUUCUGGCUUUGAUCAUCUUGUGAGACUCCACUUCUGUGAUUUUGUGAGCACUUCUUUGCACAAUCUUAUCUUUAACGUCUACAUUAACAAUCAAUCUGCUCUGAAUUCAUUUGAUUUGUCUAGCAAAACAAUGGGGCUAUCAACUGUCUACUUUGCUGAUUUCUUAGUCAAUGCUGAGAUUGGGAAGGUUCUUGUUCAGGUUGGACCUCCAGACUUGUUAACCAUACCACCAAAUGCUAUCCUUAAUGGUCUUGAAAUUUUCAAGAUCAUUGAUUCUAAUGCAAGCUCUUUGAAUGUGAUGGUGGAGAAGAAGAGCAAGAGCAAAGUGAUGGUCAUUGUGGCUUGUUUGGGAGGAUUAGUAGUAUUAGUGUUCUUAGUGGCAGCUUCAUGUCUUUACUUUAGAACGAGGAGAAGAAGGAAGGCAAUUCAGAGCAAUGAAACAUUGUUAACUUCGACAAUUCCACUUUCAAUGUAUGUCGGUAACUCCGAAACAAAGGUAUCUCAUGGUAGUUAUGCUUCAUCAGUGCCUACUCAUGUUCUAGGACAAGUACUAGCAUUCUCAGAUAUCCGAGAAGCAACAAAGAAUUUCGAUGAGAGUUUAGUUCUUGGUGUUGGUGGAUUCGGGAAGGUGUACAAAGGAGUGCUAGAUAACGGUGUUGUCGUGGCUGUGAAACGGGGAAAUCCCCGAUCACAGCAAGGAUUAGUAGAGUUCAGGACGGAGAUCGAAAUGCUAUCCAAGCUUCGGCAUCGGCAUUUAGUGUCUUUGAUAGGAUAUUGCCAAGAGCCUAAUGAGAUGGUGCUUGUGUAUGAAUUCAUGGCAGGAGGACCUUUAAGGAAACACUUAUAUGGGUCAGAACUCCCAGCUCUUUCUUGGAAACAAAGGCUUGAAAUAUGCAUUGGAGCUGCAAAAGGCUUGCAUUAUCUUCAUACUGGUGCUGCUGAAAUGAUAAUUCAUAGAGAUGUUAAGACGACAAACAUUCUACUCGAUGAGAAUUUAACUGCAAAGGUUGCAGAUUUUGGCUUGUCUAAGUUAGGUCCUUCUCUUGAUCAAACACAUGUAAGCACUGCUGUGAAGGGAAGCUUUGGCUACCUUGAUCCCGAAUACUUCAGAAGGCAACAACUGACACAGAAAUCCGAUGUUUAUUCGUUCGGUGUUGUUCUCAUGGAGGUUUUAUGUGCAAGGCCGGCAAUCAAUCCCACAUUGCCUAGAGAACAGGUUAACAUCGUCGAAUGGGCAAUGCAUUGGCAAAAAAGAGGUCAAUUAGAACGAAUAAUCGAUCAUCAUCUUGCCGGAAGUGUAAGUCUUGGUUCAUUGAGCAAAUUUGGUGAAACUGCAGAGAAGUGUUUAGCAGAGCACGGAAUCGAGAGACCGACAAUGGGAGAUGUUUUGUGGAAUUUAGAGUAUGCUCUUCAGUUGCAAGAGUCUUUUACAAGAGAAGUUGGAAAUGAGAGCAGUAUAGAUUGUAUUGCCGAAUUACCGGAAUGGAUUUCACCUGUAAAUCAUGUAGAACAUGACAGUUUCAGUAAUGUCAGUGCCGAUGGAUCCGAUGCAGCUACCACAAGUAGAUUGUUUUCUCAAUUGAUUGAUCCAAAAGGAAGAUAAGGGUUGAUUGUUUUAAUACCAAAUCACAAACCUUAUAGACAAACAUGAAUAGAUCAAUGCCUUUUUCAGUUUUUGGUUUUUCGUAUUUUUUGUUUGUGUUAUGAGUGAUCUGUAUCAAUCUUUGAUGCUGCAUGUAUUGGAUUUCAAUGUGCCACUCUUUUUG